AGGGGGUCCAGCAAACACAUAAAUGAAGCCCGCGUACAGUGACUCAUGAUCAGAUGCAACUGGCUUACUGGGUCUUCGAAGCAACUUAAACCGCGUUCAAAGGAUUUAAACUGACGCAACCAUGACUCCGUCUGUAUCUUGUGCGCUCUUUCUGUUUGUAUCAGUCGUUCUCCCGGUGUCUUUUGCAUUAUCGGGAGAAUAUUGUCAUGGUUGGACGGACUCCUUCAAUUCUUGGCACCGGGGAUUCCAGUGUCCGGAGCGCUUUGACGGCGAGGAUGCGCGCUACUGCUGCGGUACUUGCGCGCUGAGAUACUGCUGUACGUACGCGGAGGCGCGCCUCGAUCAGAGCACCUGCGAUACCGGCUCCGAGCCAGAGAUCACGGGCGACGUGAAAAAGAUGACAGAAAGUGUUCCAACCUAUCUGCCCUUUGUGAUUGUGGUGAGUGCGUUCCUGUCGUUCGUUCUGGUUGGUGCGGUUGUGUCUAUCUGCUGCUGCCAGUGCGUGAAACCCAAAGCGAGUGAUCGGCCAGCGGGGCCAUCUGCUGCUCAGACCAGCCUGUUGGAGUCCGGAGGGCCCUCGGUGGACAGCUCUACACCGUCCCGCACCUCCACCUCAGGCUCCUCCAUGACAAACGCUCGCCCUCCACCAUCCGAGCUCAGCGUGAACCUCUACGGCCCGAUGGGAAACGCGUUCCCACCCUCUCAGUCCCAGCAGUAUGUUGCUCCACUCCCACAGGGGGCACCACAGUUCUACCAGCCCUACAUGAAUUAUGCUCUUCCCCCCGAACGCAGUAUGCUGAUGGCCCCUGCGUUCUUGGACGCCCGUCCUGCGUUUGGGCAGCCUUUUCCUCAGGCCCCCAUGCACACUGAGCCCAUUUAUCCCCCUGUCACUAUCUGAUAAAACUAUGAAUGGACUACAAAACUGUGUGGGACUAUAGAAGAAGUAGGGAUGUUUCACGGAUGCUUUCUUUUCUUGCUACCUUGGGUGGCCUCCACAAACAUGUUUUAUAUACACAAAUACAAUUAUGACCGACGUAAUGUUGGUCAUUGUUGGUAUCUUUUUAUUAUGUAUUAAUACUUCUCAUAGGAGUGUGUUUGCAUGAAUACGUGAUUGUUUGCUCAGCAAUCAACGAUUGUAUUGUUAUUUAUAACAGAUCAGAGAAUAAAUUUA